AUGUCUCACGGGGCAGUUUCGGGUGCGAGCUCGCGCGGACCGCACCGCAAGAGCAAAGUGGGAGCUCUCCUCAGCGAGUACUACAACCUCGAUGAAGACACGGCUGAGUCGUCUGUGCAGUCCGCUGCAGGCGGCCUCAUCCACCUGCCUGGAACGCGGCCGAGCCCAGGGGCGUUGAUUGUGUCGAAACCUGUUCCCGACGCCCCGUCUGGCCUUUCUGCGGGGGGAUCGCGGUCCGACCGCAUUCCCGUUGACACAGGCUCUUGGAGCGCCGGCGCGGAGGCGAAAAGUUUCAAAGGCGCGCAGGCGCGGUUGCGCGGCGAGGACGCGGCUUCCGGGCGUCCAGAGAGCGCUUCCGGGGAGAGGUCAGAAGGCGCGCCCGAAGAGAAGGGCGGCAAGACCGACCUGGACAGCGAAAAUUUCGACGUGCAUGCGUUCUUUGCCUCGGCAGUCCACACGUCCUCGCUCCGGGAACUGCUGCGGCGGAGCGUCCAGCUGGAAGAAGAGGUGCGGCGGUCCGAGGGCGAGCUCCAGACUCUCGUGUACGAGAACUACGGGAAGUUCUUGGACGCUGCAGAGACGGUGCGCUGCGUCAAGGAGGACAUGCAGGCGCUCCAAGGCCACAUGGCCCAGUUGGAUUCCCGCGUCGACGCGAUUGAAGGCUCGAGUCGCGAACUCGAUGAACUGGUGCGAGACCGCGCCGCAAGUAUUGAGGAACUGGUCUCGUUCCGGCAACUCCUGGACAAGCUGCAGAUCCUCUUCACGUUUCCCGAGGUUCUUCGCCGCCACUUGGCCAGUGGCGAUGCGGAAACAGUCCUCUCCAUCUACCUCCACAUCCACCCUUUCCUCCAAGCUCAGCAGACGGCCUUGCCGCGCCUCCAGCGUCUUCAGCUCCUCGACGCGGACGCGACUUCCGUCUUCCGCUGCGCAAAGCGCCUGCUGAGCCAGCGCCUGGAACCGCCCGCCGGUGCGCUCGCUGGGGAGAAGUGCCCAGCUGCGCUUCCAGUGGGACAGGCUCGCGAGGCGCUGUCGUCCAAAGACGCCUCGAAGACGCUCAUGCUCCUCCUCCAAGCUGACGAAGACCGCGCAGCCCUCCUGCAGCUCUACCACCGGAGCCGGACCCACGCGCUCGUCGAACUGAUUCAGUGGAUCUUUGACCAGGACCGCCUGCAGCGCGAGGCGGCGGCGGAUCAGAAGCGCCAGGAGCAACAAGCUGCCGACGCGUCGGCCGCGCCUCCAGGGCGCUGGCAGGAGCCGAGCGCCCUGGAGGCCCCAAGCGGCGACAAAAACCCUCGAGGCGGAACGAGCGAAGCUUCUGGAGACCUCCGGCGGGGCUCGACUCUGCGGAUGCUGGAAGUCGCAUGCAGCAGCGUGUCCGAACGGCUCAUGGGUCCGCUUGUCGAUGCCGUUCACGACACGCUGCGCGUGCUGAGGGAAGACCAGGCACAGAACAGCGAGAAACACCAGGUGGACGAGGCGCAGGUGGGUGGGAAGCGCGCUCCGGGCAACGUCGGCAAGAAGACGGAGGGCGCGGAGGAACUCACUCCAGAAAACGCCGCCGUUUUGCAGGGGUUCCUCACGCCGCUGCUGCGGUCGGUCUUUGGCCGCGUCCUCGCGCUCCUCGCGUCCACCAACCCGCCGGCGGCUUCCGUCGUGGCCGCGGUCGAUUCUCUCCGCGUGGCGUUUCGGCGGCUGCAUGCAGUUCUCCCCGUCGCGCAGCAGCAGCAGUUGUCCGAAGAGUUCUUGAGUUUUUCCGACCAACUUCUCCAGCAAGAAAUCGCCUUGGCCUUCAAGGAAUCCUACAUGCGCGCGGCUCAGGAACUCAGCGCUCUUCAGGUGUUCUGUCACCAACUGCAGCGUCCAAGCCUCGCUUCGCGGGAGGAUACACCUCCCCAGGGCGCGGAGGGCCAGCACCGAGGAAGCCGGCUCGAAGCGGAGACGCAGCCGCUCGACGAUGCAAAGACGGAAGAGGCUCUGCAGGCGCUCGCUCGCACCGAGCACGCCGUCCUCCUGCAAGGCUGCCUGACCCUGACGGAUCUCCACCAGCUGGUCAACGGGGUGUGCGGAGAGAAGUCUGCGCAGGCCGAUCGAGUCGUCAGCUCGGAAAUUGUCGCGUGGACGGAAGGGUACUUUUCCCUCUUCAUCCAGUGUCUCUUGCGACUCACGCGCGACACCCCAGCGGCUCUGCAGGAACGCGUCGAGCAACGGAUCGCGGCGGAGGACUUGCGGGAGGCUGAACUCGCCUGGUGCGAGAAUCUGGAAACCGACCGACUGGCAAGUCGAAGGGACAACGUCGACUCUCGGGCCGGGAGAGUCCCGAGGCCUGCGCCGCGCCUCCCGCGCCGAACCCUCAAGGCGGGACUGUCUGCCGUGGAACGGCAAGUCACAGACGCUGUACUUACAGCCAUCUUCACGCACCUCGUCUGUGCGGAGCGUGCGGGAACCGGCUGCGAGACUGACGACGCCCGGGACUCCCCGCGAGGACUGGGCAACAACGAGGGCGGGUGCGCCGCCGACUCGAACGGCUUCCUAGACGAAGGCCGAACUCUGUUCUGCCUCUUGAUGAUGCGGAUGGGACGCCACCUGGAGUUACAGGGUCUCGGAAAGGUCGCAGCUGUCGCCAUCGAACUGUUUCCUUCCUUCCCUGUCCACCGCCUCACUGCGUCCGUCGCGCCUCUGGCUGCGACCGAGCAGCCGGCCGAAGAGCCGGACCUGCCUGCGACCGACAAGAGCCCGCCCUUGCUGCUCCGUACGCGCUGGGCCUCUCAAGCUGUGCUGACGACUUACGUCUUCCACCGCGGUUUGGAAGGCGCUGCGCUCGCCACCGGCGCAAUGCGAAACUUUGAUUGCCUCCAGAACCUCGAGCAGCGACCGGAUGCGCCGCACAACCCCGCUGGCGACGCGGCGGAGUCCGGCUUGGGCGGGAGUCCCGCGCGCCCGGUCUCGCGCGUGCCCGCGCACGAGCAGUUCCAAGUUUCGGGACUUCUAGACCCUCUUCUCCGGCUGCUGCAUCGGUGCGACGCAGAGUGCGCGAAGCUCUUGGGGGAGCGGAAACACGGCGUGGGGAGUGCAUGCGUGAUGCCCAGCUCGGGCGCGGGGGCGAGUUCCGAGCAACACCAUCAGCGGCGCAUGGCACGACUCUUCGGACGGCGGCGGACGGUGAUUGAAAAGGAAAUGGAGCGCCUGUUCGCGCGCAAACAAGCAGUCUUCUCGCAGGUUCCCUUCAACCGCACGAAAGCCGUCAUGGGAAUCUUCCGAACUGCCUCGCGUGCGCUCAUCGAGUACCUCCGUAGUCAGCUCUUCAGCCGGUGGGCGGUCCGCCAGCUGCAGCUCGAGUGCGCUGCGGCCUCAGAACGCAUUCGCGACCUCGUGGCGGCCGAGGACGGGUCUGUGGUGGACGGUCUCCUCGACGAAGUGACGGCGGUUGCUGUCUCGCGAUGUGUCGAGCGCGCCCCCAGACCGCCGCUGCUUGGGCAUGUGGGCGGUGCGGCUGCAGCUGCCGUCGCGGCUGCGGCUGCCGUCGCGGCGGCGGCUGCGGGCGGCGACCCUGAGGGCGACGACGUUCUCCUGGAGCAGAGCGUAGUGGAAGAAGUGUGCAAGCGGUGUCGGCGUAGGUCGGAAACCUUCCUCUAA